UCCUAAUCCAGACUGGUUUCGAUUUUUUUCUCCAAUAUCUCCACAUCGUAUCCCAUUCUCUUCCCUUCCCCCCCCCCUUUUUUCUUCUUUCUUUCUACGCUGUAAUAGAGGAUUAGAUCUGGGAGAUCGUCUUGUUCUUCUUUUUGUAUUUCUCCCCAAGGUCUUUCUUUACCUGUGCCUCGUUCGCACUGUGUUACUCUUCUCUUAUUUGAUUCCCUGUAUUGCCACUCGAUAGAGACACGGGGAUUUUUCUUCUCACGGUUUCUUUCCUUUUGUCCAGCUUUGUACAGAAGAAAAGAAAUUUUCAGUGUUAAACGACAGCGAACAACGUCUUCGCUUCCCAAAUACAUCUGAAAAGUGCUCCGCUUGAAUCUCAACACAUCCGAAAUACCGCAAAUAUGGCCGACGGCUUGAAGAUGGGAAACCUCUCCCUUAACGAGUCUCAACACGCUCCUGCCCCCCAAACGGGUCGCGCCGCCUACAUCCCUCCCCAUCUCCGCCAACGCCAGAUGGGUGGAAACAUGGACGGUGCCCCUGCCCCUGCUCCUGCUGGCCCUGCCCCCGUUGCCCCUACUGGCCCUGCCGGUCCUGCCAACUCCUGGGCUUCUAGAGGCGGUCCUCGCGGCGGCAACUGGGCUAACGCUAACGCCCCUGAUUUUAGCCCUCGCGCCCCCACCAACGGUAACACUAGCUGGAGCCCUCAAGAAGCUCAACGCCGGCCCUUUAACCCAAAUGCUUACGGAAACCCAGGUCACGGAGGCGGCUCCUACGGAGGAGGAGGUGGUGGUGGUUCUGCCCGAGGCUCUGGAGAUGGCCAGUGGCGUGACGGCAAGCACAUCCCCGGCCCUGCCAACGCCCGUGUCGAGCGCGAAUUGUUCGGUGUCCCCAACGACCCCACCAAGCAGAACACCGGUAUCAACUUCGCCAACUACGACGACAUCCCCGUGGAGGCUUCCGGUCAAGAUGUUCCGGAGCCCGUCAACGCAUUCACCAACCCCCCCUUGGAUGACCACCUUAUCGCGAACAUUACCCUUGCUCACUACCAGACCCCCACUCCCGUGCAGAAGUACUCCAUUCCCAUUGUCAUGAACGGUCGUGAUUUGAUGGCUUGCGCUCAGACUGGUUCCGGAAAGACUGGUGGUUUCCUGUUCCCCAUUUUGUCCCAGGCUUUCCAGAAUGGACCUUCCCAGGCCCCCGCUCAGGCCGGUGGUCAGUUCGGCUAUGGCCGUCAGCGCAAGGCUUACCCGACUUCCCUCAUCUUGGCUCCGACUCGUGAACUUGUCUCUCAGAUCUUCGACGAAGCCCGCAAGUUCGCCUACCGCUCCUGGGUGCGCCCCUGCGUUGUGUACGGUGGUGCCGACAUCGGUUCCCAGCUCCGUCAGAUCGAGCGCGGCUGUGAUCUGCUGGUUGCUACUCCCGGUCGUCUUGUCGAUCUUAUCGAGCGUGGCCGCAUCUCCCUCGUCAACAUCAAGUACCUGAUUCUGGACGAGGCCGAUCGCAUGUUGGACAUGGGUUUCGAGCCCCAGAUUCGUCGCAUUGUUGAAGGCGAGGAUAUGCCCUCUGUCACUGAUCGCCAGACUCUCAUGUUUUCCGCCACUUUCCCCCGUGACAUCCAGAUGCUGGCCCGUGAUUUCCUGAAGGACUACGUUUUCCUCUCGGUCGGUCGUGUGGGUUCUACCUCGGAGAACAUCACCCAGAAGGUCGAGUACGUUGAGGAUCACGACAAGCGCUCCGUUCUUCUGGAUAUCCUCCACACUCAUGGCACAACCGGUCUGACCCUCAUCUUCGUUGAGACCAAGCGUAUGGCCGACUCUCUGUCCGACUUCCUUCUCAACCAGCGCUUCCCCGCCACCGCUAUCCACGGUGACCGCACCCAGCGUGAGCGUGAGCGUGCCUUGGAAAUGUUCCGCUCCGGUCGCUGCCCCAUCCUUGUUGCCACUGCUGUCGCUGCUCGUGGUCUCGAUAUCCCCAAUGUCACCCACGUCAUCAACUACGAUCUGCCCACCGACAUCGACGACUACGUCCACCGUAUCGGUCGUACCGGUCGUGCGGGUAACACCGGUAUCGCUACUGCCUUCUUCAACCGUGGCAACCGUGGUGUUGUCCGCGACCUGAUUGACCUUCUGAAGGAGGCUCACCAGGAGGUUCCCUCGUUCCUUGAGAGCAUUGCUCGCGAGGGCAGCGGAUAUGGCGGUCGUGGUGGUCGUGGUGGCCGUGGCCGUGGCUCCUCGAAUGCUACCCGCGACGUGCGUCGUAUGGGCGGCGGCAUGGGCGGCCCUCCCUCCUUCGGCGGCGGCGGUGGCAGCUACGGUGGAGGCGGUGGCAGCUACGGCGGCGGUGGUAGCUUUGGCGGUCCCCCCUCUUAUGGAGGCGGUGGUGGUGGUGGCUACGGCGGCGGUGGUGGCGGCGGUGGCUACGGUGGUGGUGGUAGCUACGGCAACCCGUCCGGCCCUACUGGACCCUCUUCCUGGUGGUAA